CAGUAACAGCCAGUAAGGGGCAUUGGUGGCUUGGUGGUUAAGUCUCUGGGUUACUGACCAGUUUCAGUCAGUCAUCAUUGCUGACCCUGCGCUCUGACCCCAGCUUAGAUGGGAUACGCGAAAGGGGCAGUGGUGGCUUGGUGGUUAAGACUCUGGGUUACUGACCAGAAGGUCAUGGGUUCAAGCCCCAACACCGCCAUGAUGCCACCGUUGAGCCCUUGAGCAAGGCCCUUGACCCUAUCUGCACCAGUGGUGCCAUAUUAUGACCCUGCACUAUGACCCAACAAGCAUUUGAAAUGGGUACUGCAGUCCAAAUUCAAAACACUGGAGAGUUGUGUGCCCCACCCCAGACUUGAAGCUCAUGCGGACUGCCAUGAUCCAACCUAGCAUCCGUUUUAAAGGAUCUCUGGUCUUUGAGCUGUCUUCAUCUUCCAAAGGCCUCUCCAGUAUCCUUGUUUUACUACGCCUCUGGUCAUGGUGGUUUCUAGAGGGAUGCGAGGCUUUAUAGGUCAGGUGUAAUCUGUUAUCUCUGAUCCAGAUCUGAUUGCUGGCUUCCAUGGCUGCAGCACGCCGUGUUGUUUACCUGCACACUAUUGGUGAGUGGGCGGGAUCACACGGGCCAAAACACAAACAGAAAUUCCAUCUGGAAUGGAAACUUCAAAGUAAAAUAUACACAAUUUACAAUCACAUUUCAUCAAACUACACAAUGAUGACUCUUAGACUUUAUAAAUAUUACAGUUUAUCUUCUGUAAAGCUGCUUUGAAACUAUGUAUGUUGUGAAAGGCGCUAUACAAAUAAACAUGACUUUCCCAUUCAUUUUCAAUGGUCGGUCAAUUUGACCGUGAAUACCAAAGAUGUUACUUUUUUACAACCACAAUCAAGCAUUUUUUAUUUGUAUGUUCAGAGGGCAAAUGGAGGAAAAAUCACCAAGUCUUGUACUGCUCAGAUAAAGGAAACCAUUUUUAUUAAAUAUUAUUGGGCACAUAAAUUGUCCUUGAAGAGAGUGGAAACUCAGAAACACAACCCCUCCGAUCAUGGUCACCUGAAUAAAUCCUAUAGACUUACACUGGACCAAGACUUGAUUUUGGACACUUUUGUAUGUCUUGGACCAGUAAUAAACACAUCUAGCAGUUACACCAGACCAGCAGUGUGGCACAACACUAACAUUGUGGCGGUAUUUCACCAAAAAUACCCUCUCUAAUGUUCUUCAGUAUAUGCUCAUAUACUGGUAUUUUCAGUAAACCAUUGCUUCAUUAUUGCUCGUUAUUUCCACAGCUCAAACUCUUCCAAGCGUAUAACAAUAGCACAAUUCAAAGCUGAUGUGUUUUCUGUAUAGUGUGAUGUGCAGCAGUGCAUCCUGUGAAAUGGGAAGAAGUUUGUGGUUUGUGUUUUACACUGAGGAAGAGAGAUAGAUCUCUGGAUUCAGCAGAACAUGCAACGUCUCAUCUCCAUGUAGGGCUUUAUAUUGAGUCCAUCUCCACAGCUGAAGAUCAUUCAGCUCUGAUGACACCAGCAGCACUGACAUGAAACUGAACGACAUCAUUGAACUCUCUCUCUCUGUGUGUUUCACUCAGGUCCAGGGCUGGAGAACUGCCAUUUGUCAGGUUUAGUGGGAUUGUUUUGAACUGUUCAAACCUGAGUCGUCUUCGUUUUCUCCAAACUUCAUCAUGGGAUCCAUCAUCACCCUCCUCUUCUUCAUGAUGCAGUUCUGUGUCGUCAUGAGCAAUAUCUGUCAGAGCGACAGGAAUCAAGACCACCGGCCACGUGUGAGUUGUGUGAGUCAGGGUCUAACAGCCGUUCCUGAAGGGAUCGAUCCACUCACACAGGUUCUAGUUCUCACAAAAAAUCGGUUUAGUUCUCUGUCCUGGUCUGCUUACUCAGGAUUCACACACCUGCACGAGCUGGACCUGAGCUUCAAUCAAAUCUCUGUGCUGGAACCACCAGGUCCAGUGCUAAAGAACUUGAGCGUGUUGAAUCUGUCGGGUAACAGGUUGGCUGGUUUGGGUGGCAAGGUGUUCAGUUGUGCUCCAAGCCUGAUGGAGAUUUACUUGAAUGAAAACGAGCUUCGUUCACUUCAUGACGCCACCUUCAGCGAAUUGCCCCAACUGGAGAUUAUUGAACUUUCUCGGAAUAAGCUUCCUGCCCUCCCUUCUCGCCUUCUGCAGCGGAUGUCUUCCGUUAGCCUGAAGAAAUUUGAUUUGGAGAACAACAGUUUGUCGAUCAUGCCUGACGGGUUCUUCUCCUUCAAACCAGAUAUAGCUUACGUUUACCUGUCCCACAACCCCUGGCUCUGCAGCUGUGCAGUUGACUACCUCCACAGCUACCUGAACGAUCAGGACCAUAACAUUUACAUACAUGUAGUUUCGAACAUCUUCACUCCAGGUGCUGAAACAGUAGUGUGUGCCAAGCCGCCACACCUGAAAGGACAGAGCAUAAUUGAACUGGAGAAAGAUGUCUUCUGCCCUCAAGAUCCUACAAAUCCUCCACCCCUCUACAACAGAGGAGACAUAGGUUCUUGGCUCACGGAAUCUGAUAUUUCAUUUGACACUGAACCAACUACUGCCCAACCCCAUACCACAACUGCACCAAUUACUGCUCGAACCGAACUAUCAACCAUUGGACCAAUUACUGCUCGAACCGAACUAUCAACCAUUGGACCAAUUACUGCUCGAACCGAACUAUCAACCACUGGACCAAUUACUGCUCGAACUGAACUAUCAACCACUGGACCAAUUACUGCUCGAACCGAACUAUCAACCACUGGACCAAUUACUGCUCGAACUGAACUAUCAACCAUUGGACCAAUUACUGCUCGAACUGAACUAUCAACCACUGGACCAAUUACUGCUCGAACUGAACUAUCAACCAUUGGACCAAUUACUGCUCGAACUGAACUAUCAACCACUGGACCAAUUACUGCCCAGCUGCAAACCACAACUGGACCAAUAACAGCCCCACCUAAACGGUCAACCACCACCCAAACAACCAGCUUGGCGAACUGGACUGAGGGCAAAGAUGCUUGGAUGGUGAAUGGAAGGAUGUUGCCAUGGUGCUGGUGGUUAUUUGCCAGGUUUGUGGUUUUGUGUGUGCUGUCCGCACUCACUUCCUCUUUCCUGUUCCUUUGGCUCCUAAAAAAUUACCUUGGGGUUUACUGCCGACUCAAGCGGCAUACCUCAACCUACUCUGACUGCAAGGGGGUCACCUUACAGGCAUACAGGCGCACUGAAAACACAUCAGCACAAGGAGAGGACAACAAGGGAGAAAGAGUGACAUUUCUGUCCCUAAAACAGAUAAAAGAUGUGCAAGCCGUGUUCCGGAGCGUCCUCUACAUCUCCAAAGAAGAUGAGCGGGAUGAUGGACACGGAAUGAGGGACAUGCAUGGAGGAGGAACUAAAGGAAGAGAUGUUUCUACCAAAAUAGAACUGGUGUCCAUAGCAGAGGAAGAGAGAGAUAAACAGAGAGAGGAUGCAGCACAGAUGAUGCGCGGGGACGUUUUCAGGAAGGCGCUGUACAGAGUGAUUAGCCAAGAGGAGGAAACCGAUGGAUGGGUAGAAGAAGAGGAAAGCUGGAGGACUACUCGUGACCAAAGAACAGCACGCUACAGUCUGAUUCUGAGGGAGGAGAGUGAGGAGAGAGGCAAUGAGUGGGUGGUUGGGGAGUGGCAGAUGGGAGAGAGGGGCGUGGCCUAUGAGAGGGCCUGCACUCUAAUUGGCCAAGUGGAGCACUGACUGCCCUCCUCAGCCACUCUGGAAUGAACCACUUUUUAUCCGAUAACGAUGGACAUACAGGCAUCUGUAAACUCUUCAAUAUUGAUCAUUGGUUCAAAUCCAAUAUAUUAUCCCUUAACAAUACAAAAGAUCUUACAUGCUCAACUGUUCAGCUGUGACGUCAGUUUGUAGACAAACACGGAAGUCUAAUUCGUCAUUGGUUCCAUCGGGGUGUUUAGAAUGUAGGGAGUUUUGAAUUACUAGUAAAAUAAGAUCUGUGGUUAAAAUAACUUGGAGACUUUCACUUUUUGUUCUAGGACAUAAGUUACACACAGUCAUACCUCAGUUCUGUCAAAAAUAUUUGUAUUGCUAAAUAUACUGAUAAGUAGUUUAAGGGUGAGACUCGAUUACGUUAUUCACAGUGCAUCAUGGGAGCAUGCGGUCGCUCCGAGACACGUUUCGUUGGACGUGGUUCUCUGAUUGGGGGAUGUUUCUCAGCUGCAUCAUGGGUAAUGUAGUUGUUUACCAUGAAUUCUGCUAUAAAACACGAUUUUUAAACAAUGUCUAACUUCGGACUAGAGCUUUCAAGCUAUAUUCACCAAACUUGGUACAGACCUUCAGACUGUUCUGGAAUAUUGUGCUGUGCCUUCCCAUGCUGAUCGGACUUACGGUUUUCGCACAGCGGACAAUCAAAUAUCUCAAAUAUCCCAUAGACUUACAUUGACGGAAUGUUCAAACAGGUCAAGGGAAUGCUCGUUAAUUGAAACUCCAACUGUCAAAAAUUCAAACGUAAACAAACCCACAAAUGUCUUUGAUCUGCUUUAAGUUGCGCUCUCUUUAUCUCAAACUUUUCAAACUAGUUCAGACUUUCAGACAAGACUUUGCCAAGCAAACAUCAAAGGUUUUGUCUUGGACAAUUGCAUAUCUUAGCACUGUGAUAGCAAUAUUAGUUUUAAAAACAAUUAUAGCUUCAAAAUGAAUCUGUAAUGUGUGACUGUUAUAAGUCUAUUCAAGUCAUUUUAACCACAGACCUUAUUUUACUGAUAACUGCCAUUAUAAAACCCACGGCUUGAAAAUGCAAAUGGUCUUCUGGGUUUUGGACUACAACCUGAACAGCUCCGCAAUCACAGAUUUCACAACCCUUCUUCAGUUCUUAUGUCCAAUAGCUUCAUACAAUAAAGAUUGAUCUA